GUGCGCACACGUGCGCAGAUUAACCCCGGCAGGAGAAAAAGACUCGUGCGCAUGCUCUUCUUGCUUUCGGCAUUCGGUGGCGAUCAGUUCCGCAUGCCAGAACAAGCCAAGCAGCUGGCCACAUUUUCCUCGCUGUUCUACUUCGCCAUUAAUGCCGGUUCCACCAUCUCGACCACCAUUACACCCAUACUCCGCGAGGAUGUGCAUUGCUUCGGCGAUAAGAAUUGUUUUUCGCUCGCCUUCAGCGUGCCGGCCAUGCUCAUGUUGCUCUCGGUGGUCAUUUUCGUUGCGGGCCGCAAGCUCUACGUGGUUAAGCCACCAGCUGGCAACAUGAUAUUCGGUGUGUCAAAGUGUAUUUCCGACGCAAUUGGUGGUUGGCGGCGCGAGCGUAAAACGAAUCCACGCAAACACUGGUUGGACUAUGCCGAGGCGAAGUCCGGUCAAAAAAUGGUCGCUGAUACCAAAGUAUUGUUGAAGAUUUUAACAUUGUUUUUGCCAUUCCCCGUCUUUUGGGCACUCUUCGAUCAGCAAGGCUCACGUUGGACCUUUCAGGCCACACGCAUGAAUGGCGAAACUUUUGGUUAUGUUAUUAAACCCGAUCAGAUGCAGGUCGUCAAUCCGUUACUCAUACUUGGCAUGAUUCCACUGUUCACGUACGUGCUCUAUCCGAUUUUGGCUAAGAUUGGCAUUAAGCGACCACUGCAAAAGCUCACACUUGGUGGUUUACUAGCCGCCAUUGCCUUCCUGCUCUCCGCUGGUCUUGAAGUCAAACUGAACGAAGUUGAUCCGGCACCGCUGCAUGAACUUAGCGCCAACGUACGCAUCUACAAUGGCAUGCCAUGCGCUUACCGCUUCACGACGGAGUUGCCAAAUCUUUCGAGUGCCGUGGAACCGUUGGACUUGUGGGAGAAUAAAGCAUUGCCAGUGCCGAAAGCAAUCGUAUAUCCAUUUAACGCCACCUCGGCAGACAAACGUUGUAAGGACUUUUCCGGCACCUUCCGUCUAACGCCUGGCAAGGAGACGAGCUAUUUUAUUUACUCUGACGGUGUGCAGGAGUUCAUGGACUCCACGGGCAAAACGAAGCUGGGCAAUCCCAUCGUGCGCAUGCUCUUCUUGCUUUCCCCUUGGUGUGAAACAACUGAUCGUUGGUGUCAACAAGAUGGAUUCGACUAAACCACCAUACAGUGAGACUUGUUAUGGGGAAGUCCAGAAGGAAGUAUCCUCAUCCAUCAAGAAGCUCGGUUACAAUCCAGCUGCUGUUGCAUUCGUGCCAAUCGCUGGCUUGGCAUGGUGAUAACGUGUUGGAAGCAUCCACCAAUGGUGCAAAGGAUGGAAGGUUGAACGUAAGGAAGGCAACGCUGGGGGUAAGUUGAUUUAAUAACACAACCAAAAAAAAAAAAAAAAUUUAUUUCAAGCUGCGUUGAGGGGAAUGCCCUUGUAUUGUUAGACUACAAAAAAGUAUAAUUAGAACUUUGGUGGUUCUAUGAUGGAUUCCCUUUAAAAA